UGCAAGGAAGGUGUUUCCUGACCUACCUCCGGGGGCAAGGUCCCUGGUCUCCUUGGCUAAGCCCUUCCUCUUUCUGAGCCAGCUUCCUUUCCGCGGGAAGGAAAGGCUGGCCAGGCCACCUGGAGGAGCCUGCGGACGGGACAUCUGGUCGUGGGUGCAGAGUCCCGGGCUCUCUUCCUGCCCGGUACACAGUUAACUGUCCCGCGGGAAAUUAAUGCCGGCCAGGAGCCGGGCGGCAGAGGGAAUAAGGCGGGUGUAGGCUCGGCGCCAGUGUGGAGGACGCGGCUAAGGGAAUUCAGAGACGGAGGGAAGUUCAGCCGCCAGCCUCCAGGGAGCACAAAGCUCUCGAAAAGAAAAUCAAGUCCUAAGUAACCAGCUGGCUCGCAAGUAGUUCCUGAACCAUGAACAAUAAUGCAACAGACCUCACCAUCGGUUUCAUCUCCUCUACUGUAGCCAUCGUUUUGUUUGGCUCAAACUUUGUACCACUGAAAAAAUAUGAUACUGGUGAUGGGAUGUUUCUCCAGUGGGUACUCUGUGCUGCCAUAUGGUUAGUUGCUGUCGUGGUCAAUCUGAUAUUACACUGCCCUAAGUUUUGGCCUUUUGCAAUGGUUGGGGGCUGCAUUUGGGCAACAGGGAACAUUGCUGUUGUCCCAAUCAUCAAAACCAUCGGCUUAGGCCUUGGACUCUUAAUUUGGGGAUCAUUUAAUGCCUUAGCUGGCUGGGCAAGCUCAAGGUUUGGUUGGUUUGGAAUGGACGCCGAAGAAGUGUCAAAACCAUUGCUAAAUUACAUCGGAGCUGGGCUGUCCAUAGUAAGUUGCUUUCAUAUUUUGUUCAUCAAAAGUGAAAUACCAAAAAGCACAUGUUCUGUGGACACUACGCCAUUAAUAACAGAGCACGUGAUUAAUAAAACUCAAGAUCCCGAUCCUCAUUGUUCCUGGGUAGAUAAACUUUCUACAGUGCAGCACCGCUUAGUGGGCUGCGGUCUUGCAGUGAUAUCUGGCAUACUCUAUGGAUCUACCUUUGUGCCAGUUAUUUACAUCAAGGACCACAGCAAAAGAAAUGACAGCAUAUAUGCUGGGGCGAGCCAGAAUGAUUUAGACUACGUUUUUGCACACUUCAGCGGCAUCUUCCUCACAAGCACAGUCUACUUCCUGGCCUACUGUAUAGUCAUGAAAAAUACUCCUAAACUUUAUCCUGAGGCAGUCUUGCCAGGAUUCCUGUCAGGAGUACUGUGGGCGAUUGCUACCUGCUGUUGGUUCGUAGCCAACCGUUCUCUCAGUGCUGUGGUCAGUUUUCCAAUUAUCACUGCUGGCCCAGGAUUUAUAGCUGCAAUGUGGGGUGUCUUCAUGUUUAAGGAAAUACAGGGCCGACGAAACUACCUGCUGAUGAUACUUGCCUUUUGCAUCAUCUUGACCGGAGCCUUAUGCACGGCUUUUUCUAAAAUCUAAUGACCACAAGGCCAGCAGAGGGCAGCAGCAUUUGAGAGAACAUCUCUCCUGGAUGCGACGAUGGAGACGAUGCUAAGAACAGGGCUCCUGUUCCUAUGGCCAGUGGAUCUCUGCCCGUCCUGGAUUAGAGUAAAUGAUUUUUUUUUCUCCCACAAAUGUGAGAAGGAAGGAAAACCGAGCCUCAGUAUGACAAUGAAAAAUUCUUCUAACAGACUUUUUAUGAAGGUAGGACUCCACAGUGUAAGACCUAAGGGUACUGCUUUAACCACCCAAUGUCCUUAGUGGUGCAUGAUCUAAAAACACUAUGGAGUUCAUAUACAAAGAAUUUUGUAUAUGCCCAAAUAUCCAACAUAUUACCCUCAUUCAUGAAGAGAGGCAUAAGAGGGGAUGGGGUGGGGGGAGGAAUGAAGAGAAGACUUACAUUAUAAUGGAAUUAGAAUCCAAAUGAAUCUGCAGCCUUUGCUAGAAAAAGUAAAUGUCAGAGUCUGCAACGGAAUUUUAAAAAGGCCAUUUCAUUAUUUUCAGCCCAGGCUUAUUUUUACUUCAAGCUCAUGUUGCCAAACUCUUCGUCACCCACCCAACUUAGCUCAAAAUGCUUUUGAUUAUCUCCAGAUAAAGCCCAUCCUUGGAGAACAAAGAAUAUUUGUAUGAAACAUAUGCAUACAUAUGCAAGUGUACACCCAUGAAUGCACACUGCACACUCAUAUAUGUAGGUACUAUGCCAAAUUGGGGGAAAUUCUAGAGUUGCUGAAGUGAGGAUCUAGCUUAUGGGAGUGAGAAUUUUAAAGAACCAACACACUUCUUUAGAUGUACAAUUUAAUCUUUUUUUUUUUUUCUGAAAUAUACUUCUUUAAAAUCCCUCUUUUAACUGGUGGUUUUCUUCCUGUUUUGAUUGGUGGUUUCCACUAGGUAAAAGAAGUUUAUAGAAAAUGAUAGUUUUCUUUAAGAAAAGUGAGAUGAUGGAGGGAAUUCUCUUGUAGCGCAGUGGGUUAAAGAUUUGGCAUUUUUCACUGCAGCAGCUCAGGUUUCUGCUGUGGCUUGGGUUCAAUCCAGAACCUGGGAACGUCUGCAUGCCACUGCCUCAGCCAAAAAGAAAAAAAAAAGAAACAAAAUGGAACUGCUAGUACCGUGUUUAUCACAGUGGUUCCCAAAACCCUCAAGAGAAUAGAGUAAAAAAAUAGAAUAGUGCUGUGUAAAUUUCUCCCACUCCCACCUGGUAGCACAUUGCUUUACUGUUAGGAGAGAGAGAAAGAGUGUGACUCUAGCUAAUCUGUGGGUUUAAAUCCCACCUCUGCUUCAUCUUAAUUGAGCAACUUUGGAUAAAGACCAUGAGGCCUUAUAUCAGACAUAACACUGGUCUCUAAUGGAUACUGUUGGAUAAAGAUCCUGCCCGCCCUGUAUCAGAUUCCUCAUCUGUUACCUGGGGGUAAUGGUAACACCUGUCUCUAAUGGGCACCGUGAAGUUCAAAUUAAUGAAGAUCUGUAUUUUCAUUACUGCCUGGCACUUGACAAACACCAUAUAGUCAUUAGUUAUUUUUAUGAUAUCUUGUCUGAGAAGGAAAACCUGCACAUGUCUGUAGAUCGGAGAAUAGUUUUAAGAGCUACUGUACUGCCUCACACCACCCCACCCCAAACAGCUGCUUAUUAUUCCUCUCUCUGGGUACAAUUUAAGACUGAUACUGGAGUCCCUGUUUAAUUAUUCAAUUGAUAAUAGAAAUAAAUAUUUGAUUGUAACAUCUUCUAAAAAUCUAAUUUUAACCUGAAAUGUCACUACUUAUGUUGAUAACUUUGAAUAAAUUGCCAUGAUACAAAGUUA